GCCGGAAAAGGAAGGGCUUUCGUGCUCUCGCUGUGCGCAUGCGCUGUAGAGAGCCUUGCGGGCCGAGAUGGCGUCGGGCGGGAGCGGAAUGGACGCCGGGGCGCUGAUGGAGCAGGUCAAGGUCCAGAUCGCCGUCGCCAACGCCCAGGAGCUGCUCCAGAGGAUGACGGACAAGUGUUUCCGGAAGUGCAUCGGGAAGCCCGGGAGCGCCCUCGACAACUCAGAGCAGAAGUGCAUUGCGAUGUGCAUGGACCGCUACAUGGACGCCUGGAACGCCGUCUCGCGCGCCUACAACGCACGGCUCCAGCGGGAGCGAGCGCACAUGUGAGGAGGAGGAGGAUGAGGAUGAGGAUGCUGCUGCUGCUAUGGCUGCCCGUGAGAAAUAAAGACCACGCUUGCCCACCAGAA